ACAUGAGCCUCCAUAUUUGUUUACGAUGUUAGAUCGCCUCGUUAUUUUUCAGUGUGUAUAGCUCUCGAAUAAGCAUUUUUAGAAUUUUCUCGUCAUGCGAAAGAGAAGAGAUUGGAACACUACAUGAACCGAAAAUAAUUAAUUUCUAAGAGACCUUAGUCAAUAUAUUAAGGCCAGACCACGAAGUGUUCAGCUGCCUAAGUUGGGUUGUUUACAACGUCAGACCUCAAGUCGAGCUCAGGAAUCGGGACGAUAUUUACGGACCCAUAUAAUUAAACAGGGUCUGGACAAGGUUUGAUUAUAUUCAAACUGAUUACACCUUCAGGCGCAUUGACUUAUUACAGCAAUGGGGAAUAGCAGUUCAGCGAAAAAUCGCCAUGCAUCUGGAGACGAUACCGCUCCGACUCUCACUGCUGGACGACUUGGGGACUCGGCGAUCUUGGACGAUGGAGAAAUGUUUCCAGGCAACAUAGGGACCUACCAGUCAAGACCUCAGCGAGUUCGUUCAAGCACAAUCACACCUGGGGGCGACCCGACAGUUUCGACAGCAGGCCGUGCUCUCCCGACAGUGAUCAAGUGGGAAGGAGGGGGAAAAGAUGUUUAUAUAGCUGGUAGUUUUAACAAUUGGAAAUCUAGAAUUCCCUUAGUCAAAAGCCAUGGUGAUUUUUAUACAAUAGUAGACUUACCGGAAGGUGAUCACCAGUAUAAGUUCUAUGUUGACGGUCAGUGGAUUCAUAAUCCAAAUGAGCCUACAUCAAAUAAUGAAAUGGGUACAUUAAAUAAUGUUGUGAAAGUAAAAAAGACAGAUUUUGAAGUUUUUGAAGCACUAGCGAUUGAUAGUAGGACAACCAAUACCUCCCGCAAACAUCAAGAAACUCCUGACACAGGUUCGCCUCCCACUGAUUAUGGUCAAGACAUUCCUGUACGGAGAACAGACGUCAAACAGCCUGGUCCCCCCAUCUUACCCCCACAGCUUCUUCAAGUCAUUCUCAACAAAGACACACCAGCUCAUUGUGAGCCUACUUUACUGCCAGAGCCCAAUCAUGUGAUGCUCAACCAUCUUUAUGCCUUAUCAAUAAAGGAUGGUGUGAUGGUUUUAAGCGCUACCCACAGAUUUAGGAAGAAAUAUGUGACGACCUUGUUAUACAAGCCCAUCUAGCUCUUUAACUCUUAACUAGACAUUUUAACAUAGGAUAAUUCAAAUAAUAUGGACAUUUUUUAUGGAGUAAUGGUGUUUUUUCACCAUGUUGAGUGAUUCUUAUUGUAUUAUAUUGUAUAUAAUGUAAAGUUAGCAUUGAUCAGUGACCAAGGGAGAUCACUGUUGUCAUGUUUGUGUACAGAUAAGUUAUCACUACUUGAGUGAGCUGCUGUUGAGUACAUACCACUGGUAUGUGGAGAGAGGUAUGAUGUAUUGAGAAUACAGUCAAUGUAUGAAUGAGAAUUGUCCUUUUAGUUUGUAGUUUCCCCUAAACUUAAUCUGGUCAUUUUGUUUGUCGCCAUGGCAAUAAUGAUACGAGAGGUUGCCAGGCAUGUUUAGGAUUCUCAAAUGUUAGGACAUGCCAUGCUCCAAGAAUGAACUCCAAAUUGUAUGUCAUUGUACAGUACUUGUACAAAUCAACAAUUCCAACUGUGUGUUUGUCUUUUGAAGAAUUAUGUAUUUGUGACUCUCAGACUGUUUUAGUCAUUAUUUUAUUAAGUCAUUAACAUUUCAAGGUUUUAAUCUGCUGAGGUCAAAGUGACAUCACCAUUAUGCCACAUUAUCCACCUGAAACCAAAGGAACCCAUAGUACGUCUAGCUUCCCUGGCAAUUAAAAGAUGACUUGUAUUUAUUGUGUGUGUCGAGGACACCUGUUAUUGUGAGGAUUCAUGAUGAUUCUGUGAGCUGCAUGCCGCCUGCAGAAGAUGAGGAUGACGUCCAGUGGUAGUGUAGAGGUAGCGUUAGCCUGUCUCACUUAGACUUGGUUCAACUUCUCAGGGUAUGUAAACCCUGUGCUUGGUGUCUUCAGCUGUUGUAUGAACAUAUGACUUCCAAAAAUACUUAAAGCGUCUUUUGUUUUUAAGUGACUUGGUUAUCAGGUGUAUUUUGUAAAGCCAUAGGGUAAUGUCUGAAAAAAUAUAUACCCCUUGUAUAUGUUCUAUAGUUUGUUUAAUUGAUCUCGAGAUAUUAUCAGUUGGGGGGGGGAAUAGAAAAUAUAAUCCAAACAUACGACAGUGUGGCAUCUCAAUCAAACAAGUAGUGAAAAUUGAAAUUAAACAUUGUUAAAUGCCAACCCUUUUUCUACUAGUGAAAUAGAAUGUUCCAAUUUUCUUUUCAAAUUGGAAAAGAAAAUUGUAGCCUGAAUAACAAUCAGAUGAACAAUGCAGCCUUCUGGUUUUAUCAUAAAAAUUAAGAAUGUCUGAUUAAUACCACAAUGAUGUACCAGUAGUCAAUUGUAAUAAAAACAACAACAACUUAAAAACCCUGUCUGCUUCAUACUCUCCUGUCUUAAUAAGUUAUUAUUGCUAAAUCUUGACAUAAUCUUGUACUCAUAAUAUAGUCCUAUCCUAGCAAUUUGAUGAGUUCUGUAUUUGGCAUCAAGCAAAGCUAACCAUAAUACAUACUGAUAUAGGAACAACAAACUACCCUUGAUGUCUGUGUUAAAUGGUUUCAUUAUGGCUGAAGGAACCACCAGUAAUGAUGAUAAGCAUCUGUGUUUCAGUUACUUGGUUUACAGAGUUUCUCUCAUCUUUAGGUGGGUGGUGAUAAAAAUAAUAAAAAUGGCCAAAUUGGGUUAAUACAAAAAAAAAUAAAAAUUGAAGAAUAAAGUGGAAAAGAUUUCUAAGAAAAAUAACUUGCAUUUUGAUAACAGUAACAGGCAGAAAAUUUGAGUUCAUAUAUCCUGAAGCCAUGCCACGCCUUUCAAAUUCAGCUGUGCUGUUUACAGGGAUGAGAAUUUUCUGCGGAUCCGUGGAAUUCCGGAAAUUUCAUUAGGCCAAGUGUCAUUUUGUGAAUCGCCUAAAUGCGAUAGAUGCUAAACCCCCGGCUAGUUUUCAGAGUUUUUCUCAAAACUUCAUUCUCAUCCCUGUGUUUAGAUUGCUCCUGUGCAUGGUUGGACCACUAUGGCUUCCCUGUAUUGAGAAGAGGUUUCAGUGCUGAAUCAAUAGCAUGUCAAAAUAUGUGGCAAAUCAAACAUAUCCUGCUUUAAUCACCAGGAUAAUUUGGAAUCUGCCCUGUUUCAGCCCUUUCCUUGUACCAGAUGUUUCUGUAAAGGAUUGGCCUUGGGCAGAGGAUUUUUAUGUUACUGACAAGCACUUCACAUUAGUUUCUUGCCAGUAUCCGAUUUUAACAUUGAAAUGUUGUGAUUCAACUAAAAAAAUAAUUUGUUUUUAAAAUUUCUUCUCUGUAUUCAGUGUUAAUAUUCCUUAUAAAUAAUUUCUCUGUAUCACCUGCAUAAUUGGAUUAUCUUCCUCAGGUUUUGAUCAUAUUAUAUUUGGUGCCAAAGUAGUUAGGAAAACAAUGGUUUAAUGUGUUGUCACAAGCUGUUAGUGAUUUCGGCAGAUUUGAUUGUGACGUAGGUACCACUAUCAAAUCACUGUAGGCUAAGCUGUGUUAAGGUGACUGUAAAUAUCCUGCCAUGUCGUGCCAAGAUGGCUACUGUUUGUAAUCUGUUCUAUGAAGGCAUUUAGUUCAGGAGGACAUAACUACUGUAAUUUUCAUUGGUUUUACUGAACUCUUUCUUCUCAUCAGCGUUUCACUAGUUACAGAAUGUAUGUGGGUGUAAAGAAUUGCUAUGUGAGAUGUUGUGGCCCGCUAUCUUCAGUAAAACACUGAUGGGCAUUUUGGGUUUCAGGUGGUCUCUAGCAACCUGUACUGGUUGCCAGGGGCGACCAAACAGAUCGAGUGGUGUUCUCCAGUAGCCUGUACUGGUUGCCAGAGGCGACCAAACAGAUCGGGUGGUGUUCUCCAGCAGCCUGUACUGGUUGCCAAACAGAUUGGGUGUUGGGGAUUGAGUGUCGUCGAGUGGCGUGGAUCGUUGCUCACAUUAUGAAUCCCAGAAUAGUCUGGUCCAGACUGAAUUGUUCAAACAGCUGCAGUCAUUUAGCUCAAAUAUUGCUGAGUGCGGCAAUAUAAAUAACAAACAAACUUCAAUAUCAGUUCUGAAAUCUAUGUAAAAUCGGUAUCUUAAUAUAAUUAUUUUUCAAUUGAUAUUGAGACUUAACAGCUUUCAAGUCUGGCACUUUAUGUUUAGUACAGUUCUAUUAUCCUUCUACUGCUAUUUGAACAUAGUGUGUAUUUUGUAAGAAGAUUAAUUGGUGGUGUACGGGCUCUGAUAUGUAUCUUGUUCUCAGGAUACCAUGUUUGUUCUGAUAUCCGUUGAUAUCCACAUCUUCUGGAGCACUGUACAUACUCGCAUGACUGUCAACAACUGACGUAGAACUGUAGAAAUGUGCCUUUGAUGACGUAGAGAUUGCUUGUGAUUGUCUAUUGAUUGGUGAUGUUGUAUGUGUGCCAAACGAAUAUUAAACAGAUUUACAACAACUCUAUGUAUGUUAGAAUAGUUUUUAGUUAGCCGUCUAAAGAUGAAACUAAGAUAAGGCUGUAAAAUGGCGAUUUUAAGAAUAUUUAUGAUAAUAAGAAGAAUUAGUAGAUUUCUUUUGUCAUGUCCACCCAGGAAAAUAUUUUCCUUAAAAUGUUAAUUCAGGCCAGUGGAUUUUUUUCAGUUUUUAUGCCUUUUUAAUUGUUGUUAAUUGUUUAAAUGUUUGGUUGCAAUUCAUGUCCAGGGAGUAGGAUUAAGUCGGAAGAAGUGUGAGUGAAAGUAUAUCAGUUAUUUCGGUUUUCAUGUCGGUGCACAGAUUUUAGAAAGAAUACUCUGUUUGUUUUAAUGAAGAUAUGUGCAUAUAUUAAGCAAUUAUUUUGUUUUUCGUGAUGGGGGGAGAUGCUGUGUAGUUGUGGACCAAGAUUAGUCAUUAUCUUUCUGUACAGUGACUGCAGAGCUAUUUCAGAACCAACAAUUACCGUCUCUUGGUCUCGCAAGGUGUGACCAAAGUAAAUGGGCGAGGUUAUUGUAAGUGUAGAGGAAAGAGGAGUCCAAGCUGCUGGGUAACCAUUGAUAACCUAUGGGGACAUGUCAUUGUACAAAAUA